AUGGCUGAUGCAAGCAACGUUAAUGAUGAUGAUGAUGAUAUGGUUAGACAAGAAGCAUUUGAGAACAAAGUCACAGAAGUAGCGGAAGGGGUUAAGCAAGCUAAUCUUCCCCGAUUAGCUCAAGAAGUAGAAAGCCGAGUUUUGGGAGUCGUGGAUGCUAUGAUGACCAGUAAGAUUGAGGAAUUGAAAGAACUAAUUGAGGGGUCCAAAAGUAAAGGCAAGGAACGAAGGUGCACAUAUAAAGAUUUUAUGGCAUGCCAUCCAACAACGUAUGACGGUAAAAUCGAUCCAAUCGAAUGUCAAAGAUGGAUUUCGAAUAUAGAGGCGGUAUUUAUACGAAGUCGGUGCGAUAAGGAAGAUCAAGUGAUGUUCGCUACCGGUCAACUAACCCAUCAAGCGAAAGAUUGGUGGGAUGCGCACAGUAAGGAAAUAGGCGAAGAUAGACUUCAAUUUAUGACUUGGCAAGAAUUCAAGGAGCCCUUCAUGAGAUAUCAUUGUCCUCAGUCGGUUAUCGACAAGAUUCAGGAGGAUUUCUUACGCCUCUGGCAGAAAAAUGAGUCAGUAAACGAAAUAUCAAACGCUUUCAUGGAUAAGAUGAAGUUCUGUGGGGAUUUUGUAACAACUGAAAGAAUGAAGAUCAAUCGUUUCUAUGGCGUGUUAAAGGCAGAAAUUAGAGAGUUCAUCACUCCCUCAAAAUGUGAAACCCUUGAUGAGCUUAUUAAUUUAGCACGGGAUAGAGAGAUUGAAAUUAAAAGGCAAGAAGAGCGAGGUGAAAAGAGACCAAGUGAAAGGGGUGCAAGUUCCAGUCCAUCUAAAAAGGGGAAGUUUCAGGAUCAAGGAAGGAAGGGUAAGUCAAAAGGUGGAAUUACUCCUUGCAAGAAUUGUGGGAAACUCCAUACCGGAGAGUGUUUGUUAGGCAAAAAGGGGUGUUACAAAUGUGGUAAGGAGGGACAUUCAUCUUAUCAAUGUCCAAAUAGCCCAAAGACUUGCUUCAACUGUUUUGAAAAAGGGCACAUCAAUUCGGAAUGCCCAAAACUUCUGCAAGAGUCGAAAAAGGAAGAUAAAAAGCAAGAGGGUUCUAGGGCUAAAGGAAGAAUGUUUCAAAUUACAUCCGAGGAGGCUAAGGUUCAUCCGAAUGUUGUUUCAGGUAUCUUUCUGUUAAAUUCUAUGUCGGUUCAUGUUUUAUUUGAUACCGGAGCCACUAUGUCAUUUAUCUCUAGUGAAAUCGUACAACAUCCUUCCUUUAAGAUUGAACGAAUGUCGAUGCCCUUAGAAGUAGAAAUAGCAGAUAGCAAAAAUUAUUUGUUGCACGAAAUACGUAAGAAUUGUAAAUUAACCAUUGAAGAUGAGGAGUUUGAUAUUGAUCUCAUACCUAUGAAUUUGGGGGAGUUUAAAGUAAUAGUGGGUAUGGAUUGGAUGUCUAAAAACCACGCGGAGAUAAAUUGCGAAACCAAAACUAUACUUCUCCAAUCUCCAAGUGGAAGGCGAUUAAACAUACAAGGCGAAAGAAAGGUGGAAGCGAAGUUAUGUACUCUUGUUCAAGCCAUUAAGUAUGUACUUAAUGGGAGUAGGGCAUACUUGGCUUACGUGGUAGAUACUCAACAAGGCUCCCUGAAGUUUGAAGACGUCGAAACGAAUUUCCAGAUGUAUUUCCGGAAGAAUUGUCGGGACUCCCUCCCGAGCGAGAUGUAG